ACGUACGUAAAGUAAAGACACCUAAAUAUUCAACGAAGAAAAAGAAAAGCAAAGCGGCACAAGGACACAAAAAGUUGCAGAAUCCUCGGUCCGUCUUUUCCUGCACUGCACUCGACGGACAAUCCUAAAAACAUUAAAUCAUGACUGUGUAAUAACUCAAAUUCACUGACUGACCUACCACCAUUUUGGCGGGAACUGGGUUACUGCCGCCGUCAAGCAUGGUGGUUGUGGUGGUCUCCGGUCAUGAUGGAGGUGAUGAAUCUCCUCAAGUUUUGCGAGCUGGUUCAGCCGCAAGUUUUGGUUGUGCUGGUGGUGGUGAAAGUUCUUCUUGGCCUUCUGCUUCUUCUUCUUCUUCUUCUUCUGAAUCCAGCUUUCGUGAACUUGAUGAUGUCUUCUUGCAGACUCAAGCAAGAAUAUGGCUUGGAGAAGUUCUUCAGACAAGAUCAGAUGAGCAGCUUCCUAUUGCUGAUUUAAUCGCUGAUGGGGAAUUGCUAUUUGAAACGUCAAGAGUGAUAUGGAGAAUGUUAUCGACGAAGCAUAUGGAACUAAGAUAUGUAAAAGCAUAUAAAUAUGAGCCUUUUGCUUCUAGGAGGAGUUGUGGGAGCAGGUAUCUGCCUUAUUCUAAUGUGGAUUCAUUUUUGAAGAUCUGCAAAAUCUUGGGAAUGGCAGGCAUAGAUCUCUUUUCCCCAUCAGAUGUUGUCGAAAAAAGAGAUACAAGAAAAGUUUGUAUGUGUAUACGUUCUCUUUCAAAGAAAGCAAGGUCUUCGCAUUUAAAUGUUCCUGAUUUUGAUAUUGUCACUUAUACCGUAACUAUGCCAACGGAUAUGGUUGGAAAUAUUCGAAGAAACCUGGAACUUUCACAUCAUAGCUUCUCCAGCUCUGCUAGCAAGACUCCACACCACGAACCAAGACAAAGAUCCAGACAGAAACAUUCAAAUGCAACUUCUGAAGGAAAUGGUGAUUCAUAUUUUGAAGAGUACGCUGAAGUGGAAAGUGUUUUUAUGCUUGAAUCUGGUAGCUCAGUUAGCAGUUGUUCUAAUGAUAUUUCAUCUCAGAUGAACUCUGAUUCAAUGAACUCUCUGGGAGCAUCCUUGUCAGUCAAAGGUCAUUCCCCUGGACAAUGCUCAUUAGAACUAGAAGAUCAAAACCAACAUAGAGAUGAAUGCAGUAAACGUCAAUGGCAUGAAGACCAUUUAAAUGAAUCAACAAGAUCUAUUUGCUCGCAACAUUUGGAGAAUGAUCAUCAUUUGGAUGGCGGGUUAUCUACCUCUGUUGUUGAGUCCAAUAUGUAUUUAGGUAGUAGGUCUUCUUAUACAGAAAUUGGAGCCAAACAUAGCUGUGAAAAUAGUGGAAUGGACCUUAUUCAUUUCGAUCUUAGUUUAGAAGAUGAUGCCUCAGUAGUGGGGGAUUCUGAGGAUUGUAGCACACCUAGAGGAAACCGCAAUGAUGAUGUGGAAGUGUCUUCUACUUCCAGCAUGAGCUCUGUAUCGGGCCCUGUGCAGAAGUUGAAUUUUGAGGACCAAUUAGAUGAGGAAGAUGAUUUUAAAACCGUCUGGUUUCCUGAAUCAUCAAAUAGCAUGGUGACUUUUUUGAUCAAGAAGUCUGUAGAUAGGUCUGAAUCUCAGGAAAAGGUCAUUUACAACACACCAGUGGGUAGUUUAAUAACUGACUGUGAAGAAGAAUCUCCUUUUGACAUGAAAGUCAUGGAUAUUGGCUUCUCUUCCAAGCUUUCUGUACCUUGUACACAAAUCGAACAUUCAGACCAUGCUUUUUUGCACAAGAGUGGCAGUUGCAUGUCUCAAGCAAAUACAGAUCUUGGAUAUGGUGAAGACAGGGAGUUAUUUGCUGAUUGGUCCUCCUUUUCACACGAGUUUAAUCAAUGGGAUCAGAAAGGUAAACAUAGAUUUGCUGUAGUACCAACUAGAGCUUCAUCCCUGUCUCUUUCACAAGUAGAUUCACCAGAGGAAAAUCUUCCUUCUGUUCGAAGCAAAGCUAGAGGGGAUGCCUUGUGGCCUGAGAACACAAAUAUCAAGGGCAUCGUUGGAGAUAAUGACACAGAGGGACAUAAUGCUACCAUGGUUGAAUCAGACCUUGAAAAUGGCAAACUUCCAAAUAAAUGUUUACAAACCACUUGUUUUAAUAGCAUAAAAAACAAAACACACAAGGAAUCAGAUUCUCCUGACAGAAUCGCAGCAAUGGUAGAUAGUGAAAAAUGUCAUGAAUUUAAAAGCAGCGAGGAUAGUAGUGGUUUUCAGCCGCUCUGUGAUAGUUCUGUUUUUCAGAGCCAAGGUCCGCAGAUACCAGAUGAGCAUAGGUGCUCAACAACAGAAUACUCGGAAAAUGUAGGUGAAAACAGUGAUCAAGUGUCUAUAUAUGAGAAGAAGGAUAUGAUUUGUUCCACAGAAAAUAUGGAUCGGGUGCAAUCUCUGUCACAGGAUGAUCAAAACCACGAAAAGGUGCAGAUUCUGGCAAUCGAGAAUUCAAAUGUAACUGAAGGUCCAAGUGUAGAAAAGGCAGACUGCAAGCCUCCAAAGAGGCCACUCCUUAAAACUGUUGCAAAGGGAACUGCAGUUGUUGGGGUGCUGCUGUUCUUGCUUCAUUUCAGGAAAAAUGACACAGAGAAAACAGAUCAAUCGGUCAAGCAAUCUAAUCGACUUCGGAAAGCAAGUGGUCGGAACUUCUCAUCACUGAAGAGCCAAAAGGGAAGUAGAACGAACAGGAUGUAUCCAGCUGAAAAGCUUAGAUUUGGGAGAAAACGUUGGCCAGAGCUAAUGAAUGAGUUCACAAGUUCCGUUUCGGAUCGAAACCGAGGAUUAUGUAGAUGGAGCUCAAUUGGAUUGCCACUUUUUUUACUUAUACAGAGAGUUCUUAUCUCUAGGAAGAUGCCCUUCUCAGUGAAAUGGAAACAACUUAUUUUCACCAUUCGUUGCUUUGAUUUCUUCGUUACUAAGUUCUGUUCUCUUUCCAGAGUAAUGUAUUUGCACAUUCAACAUUAUUGCCCUUGUAAUAGGCUCGCCUAUUCAUAGCAUUUUUAUAAAAAAAUGAAAUUAUAACAUUAUGAUUUAACUUUCA